CGCUUGUUUACAUCUCAGUAUUUGACAGUCGGUGGAAUAGUAGACUUCGCCACGCGCUGAAUGAUUCGAUCUGUGUUGUUGAAACAAACUUUUGCAACCAGCACAAUGUCGGGCAAAUCGAAAGGAUCGAAGGGAGGCAAAAGUACGGCAAAGGAACCAAUUGCAUCACCUCAAGGCCCAGUGUAUGUGGAUCCAAAGUCCGGAAAUGUAUUGAUAAAGAUUCAAGCAAAGCCCGGGGCCAAAUCAAACGGGAUAACUGACAUUGGCGAAGAAGGAGUAGGCGUUCAGAUAGCGGCUCCCCCAGUCGAUGGAGAGGCCAACACGGAGCUAAUCAAGUAUCUUUCCAAGCUGCUCGAGUUGCGCAAAAGUGACGUCAGUCUGGAUAGGGGCUCCAAGUCUCGCCAGAAGACGGUCGUCCUCGAAAAAGGCUGCCGAACGCCGGAGCAGGUGAUGGAUGUUUUUCGGAAAGAAUCACAACAGUCAUGAUUCGUCGUUUUUCACUUGUGGUUUUAUUUAUUGGUAAGUUCAUAAUAGCUUUAUCCUCACAUCGUUACGUGUAUGUGUAUAUCUAUACUCUUCUUUUCUGUGGAAUAAAAUAAGGGUAGUUACAAUCGUAAUGAAAGAUA